AUGAAUUCUGUGGUCUUUCUUUGUGAAGCACGAUCUAAAAGGAGUAUUGAAGCUAUCGAAAAACUGCGUGCUAAUCCAGCUGAUGUUAACAUCAUUAAAGAGAUCAACAACAUUCAUAUUAAAUUCGUAAAUUUAUCGAGAAAUAUUCUGGAUUCAGAAACAGCAUCAACUCAUUUAGAACCAUCGAAUGAUGCACAAUUAUCACCAACUCAUUUAAAAUCAUCAAAUAAUGAAGAUUUACCCGAAAAUGAUUCAGAACGAUUAAAUAAUGAUAAUCAAAAUAAUUCUUAUUUUCAUAUGGUGAGAGAUCGUGGGUUUCAUUGGGUGGAUGGGCUUAUAUUAGGUUUAAUAGUUUGUAUCCUUGGUGCAUAUAUGUUAAAACAAAUACCAGGUAGAAAAGCAGCUGGUGCAUGCAUUAUUUUAUUUCUUUCUCUUGUUGGUUUUUUCAUUGGUGAUGUUUUAUCAAGAGAUGCAUGUAAAAAAAGACGUGUUCGAAAAAUUAAUCCACAAGCAUCAUAG